AUGAUGCCGUAUCAACAGAAUGCCGCCGCCCCACCUCCGUGGACUGCAGGCAUGACUUCCGCACCUUCUUCUGCUCCGUCUUUCUAUUCUUCUCUCGCUUCUUCUCCGGCUCAGACUGCGCCUGCUGCCACGACUGCGCCUUCUCCACCGCCAGGCGCGUCUCCCCCCCAUGGCCCGUCUCCCCCCCAUGGCCCGUCUCCCCCCCAUGGCCCGUCUCCCCCCCAUGGCCCGUCUGUCGUCCUCGUUUCCUCUCGAGGACUGGGAUCGUUUUCCGCGCCUUCGCUUUCUCUCCAGCAUUUUCUCAGAGUCAGCAUGCAGCAGCUUGCCGCUCCAAACCUCUCUGGUCCGAAUGCGCGGUGGCGAGACGAAGGCCGAGUCUCGCCGGAGAAAAACCUCCAAGUACAAUUGCUCGUGCAACAAUUUCGAGAAGGAAAGCUGAACGAGGAGCAACUCAAGGCGCGUGUCGGAGUCCUUCUCGGCAGAGAACUGCUUCAGCUUCUCGUCGACGAAUUUCUUGCAGCCUAUGCCUCCCAACUCUCCCCCGCGCCUUCUGCCUUCGUCGCCUCUUCCGCCGCGUACGCGUCUCCUGCGGGCGUCGCUGGCCAUGAGGCUCCGACCUACGCGUUCCCCGGCGCGCGACCGCCUCCACCUUCGUUUUCCUUUUCGCGUUCGCCGCAGGCGACGCAUGCAGCCAGCGGGGCGCGUCUAUCGGACGAGAGCGAGAACGGAAGGAAGGAGAGAACGGAGACAGUCCUCUCGCCGACGGGCACAGGGCGAGAAGUGCGCGACGCGCUCACGCCGCCUCUGCUGGGCAGCGGGAGACAAGAAGUUGAGAGAGCAUCCUCGAGUGACAGAGACGGAACAGGCGACGAGACACAGGCCAACUCGCCGAUUCCCGGACAUCGAACGCCGCAGAUAGGAAGCGUCUCGCCGUCGCCCUUUGAGACGGGGCGUGCUGGGAUCUCGCCGACGCCGUCGGCAGGGACUUCGGCGGUGGCGUCUCCUGGGAAAUCCGCCAAGCCGAAGAAGGACGGAGCCGCGCGCAAGGGUCUAAAAAGCAGUCCGACGCCGAGCCUGGUAUCGGGCGCGCUGAACGUCUCUGAGGGCGAGGCAGCCUCGGGACUCGCGUCGAGUGUCUUUCCGAAACGUGAGGGCGCCUUCCCUACCGGCUCUCCGUCUCCCGGCGCGCGCUCGACCGCUGGGCUUGGAGCGCUCGCUCCUUCGCGGUUGCCCUUCGCUUCGCCCGCGUCUCCCGCCCCGCACGGCGCAGUCGGGGGCUUCUCUUCAGCACAACCUUUUUCGCCGCCUGCCGGAGCCAAGUUUGGAGGAGACGGCGGGAGCAGUCUGGCGGCGGCAAGUCGUCUCCUGCACGCGUCGCCUUCGCCGUCUUUUCCCCUCGGCGUGUACCCACGGUUUGGGCUGAUGGGCGCGCGCAGUCAGGGACCAGGCGCGAGUUCCACGCUCUCCUCGGAAUACCGUGAAAACAUGAGCGCGGCUUGGUGGUCUGGAGCGGCUCUCGGGAGCGACGCCUGGCGACAAAUGCCCUCGUCCGCAGAAGUCCUCGAACUCGUCGAGAAGAAGAAACUCACCGAGCAAUUCCGGACCAUCGAGGGCCUCGUGGAUCGCGCGGACUUCCUCGGCUCUUUGCGGCUCCAAGGCGACGGUCGCAGCGUCUUGCACUUUUUAGGUUUGUCGACUCAAGACCUCCAACAGAACCUUUGGGUCCCCAAGCUCCCCCCCAUUCUCGAGCCUCGUCUCUCGCCUGCGCCUACGUCCGGCUCUCCCGUCUCGCUCAGCCAGCACGCCGUCGAUCAGGAGCGGCAAGCAACCCCUGGCGGUCCAGCGGUGAACGGGGGUGUUGCGCCUGGCCGCGCGGCUGUGUCCUCUCCGUCGCCUGUAGAGACCCGAGAGGCGAAACUUUCUCGCUUUCGCUUCCCGCCUCAACUCGUUUGGGAACGCCUCCGUCAUCUCCACCCCCCCGUCUUUUCGUCUCUCUCGUCUUCACGUCCGGAAGGCUCCGAGGGCGCUUCGCCCCUCUCCUCUCACCAGCCUUCUGCGAGCCGUUCAGCUCUCGAAGAGAAACACCGCCUUCUUCCGUCUUUCUCGCUGCUGUCCUCGGUCGCCCAGGAACUCGAAGGCGGCCUCGCACGCGAGGCAGGGCGUCUCGGAACCGCUGAAUCCUUUUCUAGCUCGUGUCCUCGCGGCACGCAGGCGCCGAGGGCGAACGACAGAGGAGGGGAGAAACUAGAGAAGAGCCGAGAUGCGCAAGAGACGAAACAGACACAUGAAGCAGGAGUGACACCGGAGCGCGAGGAGACGCAGAGGGGUCAAGAGAAAAGCGUGAAGGGCGAGGGAAGCUUUGGAGAGGAGACAAAGAAAGACUCACAGGGCCGUGCUGCGUCUGCUGGCGAUGAUGCUUCUCCGGUUUCGUCCUGCCCAGUCACCACCGGUGGUCCUUCGUUCGCCUCCGUGGAUCCCUACUUUGAUUGCAAUUUUAGCAGUUCUCUUCACGCACACGGGUUGUCUGUGACGACGACGGCUGCUCCGCGUGAAGACGAGAACUUGAGCGACUUCUCAUUCGCUCCUCUCUGCGUCGACAGAGACGCCGUCGCCGACUUGGCGCGCGUGACGCAGGCAGCCCUCAGCAGCCUGCUGGCGAGUGCCUUGUCCCUCGCCCGGAGACGAGCAGGCGAAGAAGAGAAGGCGAGGCAGACGGCGAAAGUUGAAGCGACCGAAGAGGCCGAGCAAGAAGAGGAUGGACCAAAGAGAGCGGACGCAUGCAGCCGACAGCGAGAGCGCGAGCGGGGCGGCGGAAUCCGGGAGGCGCGCAGCGAAGACGAGGCGCGCGCCAAGGACGCGGAAGAGGAUGAACGCAAAUUGCCAAGAGAAGGCGAGUUAGGAGACAGAUCCAGCGAGGAAGACGACGAGGGCGACAAGAAAGCGGGAGAUGACGCAGAGGCAGCGCCCGUUGCGUUCGCGAGCCAGGGCUGCGGGAAACGGCGCCCUCGUCACCUCUGGAAACCUGAAGGCGUGGGCGAGGCCGAGCCGGGGAAAGAAGAGACGCGCGAGGGAAAGGCUGAGGCCUCAGAAGAAACGGACGACGGCCCGAGAGACACGGAGCGGAGAACAGACACACGCGAGGCACGUCGAUCUCCCGGCGCAGAAUCCGCCACGUCGCACACACCUGCGUAUCCGCGUAGAUCUGGUUUGGCUGGGGAGGUGGAGGAACAGGAAACGAAGGGGAAAACGCGGAUCACAGUGUGCGAUGUUUUGAGGGCGCUGGAACUCCACGGCGGUUCGAUCGGGUCCCUUCUCGAAGCGGCCGAGCAGAGGAAAAGACGGCGACAACAAGAAGUGUUUUACUGUAUGAGGCCGGGCACACGACGGAAAGUGUGGUGA